AUGACGCUGCACGGUGAGUAUGGCAACAUUGCCUUGCUGCUGAUCCUCUACACGUUGCAGGGCAUACCUAUGGGGCUAUCUGGCUUCAUGACCAUGGAGAUCAAAGAUAUAUUCAAGGACUCGUUCUCCGAGAUGGGCACUUUCUCGCUCGCGACUUGGCCAUUCAGCCUCAAGCUGCUCUGGGCUCCCAUCGUGGACAGCGUCUACUCGGAGAGCUUCGGUCGCCGGAAGACGUGGAUGAGCGUGGAGGGAAUGGUUCAGGCCAGAGACGUGUACUCCCUCACGCUGGUUUUUUUUUUGUUGUACCUGAUGUGCGCAACGCAGGAUAUUGCCGUGGACGGGUGGGCGUUGACGAUGCUGCGGACCGAGAACGCAGGCUACGCAUCCACGUGCAACUCGGUCGGUCAGACAUUUGGUUUUGCCAUUGGCUUUAUGAUUCCAAUGGCCAAGCUGGUCUCACUGCCGAGCUUCCUGAUGUUCUGGGGGACCCUGUUCAUCGGGACGACGCUGGCGGUGUGGCUUCUCAGGUCUGAGGAACCUACCCCAACGGACGAGCAGAUAGAAGGGCCCCAGGAGGCAUACAGCACCGCAUUGAAGGUGGCCCGGUGCCCCCCAGUGAUGUGGCUAACCCUUCACUUGCUCACGCGUUCGUUAACCUUCAUCCCAGCCGACGUGAUGGCGUUGGGGCGAUUGCAGGACAUGGGCUUCCCCAAGGAAGCCAUUGCCAAGAUCAAGCUUCCGGUCCCGACGGUGACUUACGCCGCAGUUGCUGGUCUGGUGGUCUUGCAGACUUGCCUCUCGACCACCAUUUUCGUUGCGCACAUGGCCUUCUUCGCUCGCGUUAGUGAUCCAGCCGUCGGCGGCACCUAUAUGACUUUGCUGAACACCCUCCACAACCUGGGCUCCAUGUGGGCAUCCAAUGUUUGCCUGAGCGCCGCCGAUAUGAUCAAGGAGCGCACAGGCUACGAUGGCUUCCACGUCCUCUGCCAGUGCGUGAGGAAGAUGGCGUAG